UGCUCUUUAUCUGUCAAGUCUGGAUAUUCUUCAAUCUUCCUUUGCUUCUUCUUGUCUUUCAGUUUUGAUUGUACUAACACCAUUGCUGAUUUGAUACUCUGAGUUUUACCUUCUCCCAGUACCUUAACUUGGCCAUCAGACACUAUGAGGAGACUGGCUUUUCGAGGUGCUGGUUGUACUCUGAAGAAGUUGGAUUCCAUGGGUUCCAAGAGGCGAAGAGCCACCUCGCCUUCCAGCAGCGUCAGCGGAGGAGACUUUGACGAUGGCCACCACUCCACGAACAUACCAGGCCCAAGCAGGAAGAGGAGGAGACUUUCCAAUCUCCCGACCGUGGAUCCCAUUGCUGUAUGCCAUGAGCUUUACAACACAAUCAGAGAUUACAAAGAUGAACAGGGCAGGCUCCUUUGUGAACUUUUCAUUAGGGCGCCAAAAAGAAGAAAUCAGCCAGAUUAUUAUGAAGUGGUUUCUCAGCCAAUUGAUUUAAUGAAAAUCCAACAAAAGCUCAAGAUGGAGGAGUAUGACGACGUGAACGUGCUGACUGCUGACUUCCAGCUGCUCUUUAACAACGCCAAGGCCUACUAUAAGCCUGAUUCUCCUGAAUAUAAAGCUGCCUGCAAACUAUGGGAGUUGUAUUUGCGCACAAAAAAUGAGUUUGUUCAAAAAGGAGAUGCUGAGGAGGAGGAGGAAGAUGAGGAAGGACAUGACAAUCAAGGUGGAAAUUCUGAAUUGUCAUCUCCAGGUUACCUGAAGGAGAUUCUUGAACAGCUUCUUGAAGCUGUAGCUGUUGCCACAAACCCAUCAGGUCGCCUCAUAAGUGAACUGUUUCAGAAACUUCCUUCUAAAGUGCAAUAUCCAGAUUAUUACGCAAUAAUAAAGGAGCCCAUAGAUCUUAAAACAAUUGCCCAAAGGAUACAGAAUGGAACGUAUAAAAGCAUUCAUGCAAUGGCCAAGGAUAUAGAUCUUCUAGCAAAGAAUGCCAAAACCUACAAUGAACCUGGAUCACAAGUAUUCAAGGAUGCAAAUGCGAUAAAAAAAAUAUUUAAUAUGAAAAAGGCUGAAAUUGAACACAGUGAGUUGGCCAAGUCAAGUCUCCGAAUCAGGACUCCAUCAAAUUUGACUGCUUCCAAGCUGACAGGUCCUUCCUCACAGGGUAAAGGCAGUGUUGGCGAUGAGAGAAAUUCUGCUAACAAAUAUUAUCGUAACAAAAGAUCAGCCCAGGGGGAUCGUUUAUCAGCAAUAACCAUGGCAUUGCAGUAUGGAUCAGAAAGUGAGGAAGAUGCUUUGGCUGCUGCAGCUCGUUAUGAAGAAGGAGAGUCCGAAGCUGAGAGCAUCACUUCCUUCAUGGACGCUUCUAAUCCUCUUUAUCAGCUUUAUGAUACCGUUCGAAGCUGCCGAAACAAUCAGGGCCAGCUCAUCUCUGAACCCUUUUUCCAUUUACCCUCCAAGAAAAAGUAUCCUGAUUAUUAUCAGCAAAUUAAAACACCUAUUUCAUUACAACAGAUCAGAACCAAACUAAAGAACCAUGAAUAUGAAACUUUAGAUCAGCUGGAGAGUGACCUGAACCUGAUGUUUGAAAACGCCAAGCGCUAUAAUGUUCCCAACUCUGCCAUCUAUAAGAGAGUCCUGAAAAUGCAGCAGGUUAUGCAGGCAAAGAAGAAGGAGCUGGCCAGGAGAGAUGACAUCGAGGAUGGGGACAGCAUGAUUUCUUCUGCCACAUCGGAUACUGGAAGCUCCAAAAGGAAAAGGAUUUUGGAACGGGACGGGGUCUGGUCUGUGGACUGUCUUCACAGUAAAAAGAACAUACGCAAGCAACGAAUGAAAAUCUUAUACAAUGCAGUCCUGGAAGCUCGAGAAUCGGGCACAGGCAGACGCCUCUGUGAUCUCUUUAUGGUCAAACCCUCCAAAAAGGACUAUCCCGAUUACUAUAAAAUUAUUUUAGAGCCAAUGGACUUAAAAAUGAUAGAGCACAACAUCCGCAAUGACAAAUAUGCAGGGGAGGAAGCAAUGAUUGAAGAUAUGAAGCUCAUGUUCCGAAAUGCAAGGCAUUAUAACGAGGAAGGCUCCCAGGUAUAUAAUGAUGCCCAUACACUGGAGAAGACCCUCAAAGAGAAACGAAAAGAACUGGGACCUCUACCUGAAGAUGAUGAUGUUGCUUCUCCUAAACUCAAGCUAAGUAGAAAAAGUGGCAUUUCCCCCAAAAAAUCAAAAUACAUGACUCCGAUGCAACAGAAACUCAAUGAAGUUUACGAAGCCGUUAAGAACUACACGGAUAAACGAGGCAGGCGACUGAGUGCCAUCUUCUUGAGGCUGCCAUCUCGAUCCGAACUUCCUGAUUAUUAUGUAACUAUUAAAAAGCCCGUUGACAUGGAAAAAAUCAGAAGCCAUAUGAUGGCCAACAAAUACCAGGAUAUUGACUCCAUGGUAGAAGACUUUGUGAUGAUGUUCAAUAAUGCCUGCACCUAUAAUGAGCCAGAAUCUUUGAUUUAUAAAGAUGCCCUGGUCUUGCAUAAAGUUUUGCUCGAAACUCGAAGGGAGAUAGAAGGAGAUGAGGAUUCUCAUGUCCCCAAUGUCACUUUGCUAAUCCAGGAACUUAUCCAUAACCUUUUUGUAUCUGUUAUGAGCCAUCAGGAUGAUGAAGGCAGAUGCUACAGUGACUCUUUAGCUGAGAUUCCUGCUGUGGAUCCCAACUUCCCAAACAAACCUCCUCUGACUUUUGAUAUUAUCCGAAAAAACGUUGAAAAUAAUCGCUACAGGAGACUGGAUUUGUUUCAGGAGAAUAUGUUUGAGGUUCUUGAGCGGGCGAGGAGAAUGAACAGGACCGAUUCCGAGAUCUAUGAGGAUGCAGUUGAACUUCAGCAAUUCUUUAUUAAAAUUCGAGACGAACUGUGUAAAAACGGAGAGAUUCUUCUGUCGCCAGCGCUCAGCUACACCACCAAGCACCUUCACAACGACGUGGAAAAGGAAAAGAAGGAAAAGCUGCCCAAAGAAAUAGAGGAGGAUAAGCUCAAAAGAGAGGAGGAGAAGAGAGAAGCAGAAAAGAGUGAAGAUUCUUCUGCAUCAGCUGGUCUGUCAAGUUUGCAUCGGACCUACAGUCAGGAUUGCAGCUUCAAGAACAGCAUGUACCACGUAGGGGACUAUGUCUACGUGGAGCCUGCUGAAGCCAACCUGCAGCCUCACAUAGUCUGCAUUGAGAGACUGUGGGAAGAUUCUGCUGGAGAGAAAUGGUUGUAUGGCUGUUGGUUUUAUCGACCAAACGAAACAUUUCAUCUUGCGACACGAAAGUUUUUGGAGAAAGAAGUUUUUAAAAGCGACUAUUACAAUAAAGUUCCCGUUAGCAAAAUUUUAGGCAAGUGUGUGGUCAUGUUUGUUAAGGAAUAUUUUAAAUUAUGUCCCGAAAACUUUCGCGACGAAGAUGUCUACGUCUGCGAGUCCCGUUAUUCUGCAAAGACAAAAUCUUUUAAGAAGAUUAAGCUGUGGACGAUGCCAGUUAGCUCGGUGAGAUUUGUCCCACGAGAUGUGCCUCUGCCCGUGGUCCGCGUUGCCUCUGUGUUUGCCAACACAGACAAAGCAGAUGAAGAGAAACACGCGGAAAACUUGGAGGACAGUAAGGCAGGAGAGAGUAUCAUUCAUCUUGAAAAGGACAAAGAAGAUGUUCCAGUAGAAGUGUCCAAUGGAGAACCUGGUUGCCAUUACUUUGAACAGCUCUGCUACAAUGAUAUGUGGCUUAAGGUUGGGGACUGUGUCUUCAUAAAAUCCCAUGGGUUAGUGCGACCUCGAGUAGGAAGAAUUGAGAAGAUGUGGGUACGAGAUGGAGCUGCAUAUUUUUUUGGUCCCAUCUUUAUCCAUCCUGAAGAAACUGAACAUGAACCGACGAAAAUGUUCUACAAGAAGGAAGUGUUUUUGAGUAACUUGGAGGAGUCCUGUCCUAUGACUUGCAUUUUGGGAAAAUGUGCUGUCCUGUCAUUCAAGGACUUCCUCUCCUGCAGACCAACAGAAAUCUCUGAAAAUGAUGUUUUCCUUUGUGAGAGCCGCUACAACGAGAGCGACAAACAGAUGAAGAAAUUCAAAGGGCUCAAGAGGUUUUCACUCUCCGCAAAAGUUGUCGAUGAUGAGAUAUACUAUUUUAGAAAACCUAUAGUUCCCCAGAAGGAGCCGUCCCCUCUGCUAGAAAAGAAGAUCCAGCAACUAGAAGCAAAAUUUGCCGAGUUGGAAGGAGGUGAAGAAGACAUAGAAGAGAUGGGAGAAGAGGAAGGUGACAUCACUGAAACACCCUCUAUUCCUCAGCUUCAGACGCCGUUGGCCAGUGACCUGGAUAUCAUGCCUUACACUCCACCACAGUCCACUCCCAAGUCUGUUAAGGGCAGCGCCAAGAAGGAGGGMUCAAAAAGGAAGAUCAACAUGAGCGGUUACAUCUUAUUUAGCAGCGAGAUGAGAGCUGUAAUUAAAGCUCAGCACCCGGACUACUCCUUUGGAGAGCUCAGCAGACUUGUAGGAACUGAAUGGAGAAACCUGGAAGCGACCAAGAAAGCAGAAUAUGAAGGCAUGAUAAGUGGCUAUCCACCGGUGCUGCCACCUUUGCAGGGCCCAGUUGAUGGCAUUGUUAGCAUGGGCAGCAUGCAGCCACUUCACCCAGGGGUGCCUCCACCCCACCAACUUCCACCAGGUAUGCCAGGCAUCCCGGGCAUCCCACCACCCGGUGUUAUAGGGCAAAACGUCUCCCCCAUGAUAGGCACUCCAGCGCCAGGAGCAAGUCCGUUCGGACAGCAGAUAGGAAUCCUGGGCCCGCCGGGCCAGCAGGCUCCCCCUCCGUACCCGGGCCAGAGCGCGGCGCCGCAGCCCGUCCUGCAGCAGCCCACGACGCCCAUGUUCGUCUCGCCGCCGCCCAAGACCCAGCGGCUCCUGCACUCGGAGGCCUAUCUGAAGUACAUCGAGGGGCUCAGYGCGGAAUCCAGCAGCAUUAGCAAGUGGGACCAGACCCUGGCAGCACGGAGACGAGACGUGCACCUCUCGAAGGAGCAGGAGAGCCGCCUGCCGUCGCACUGGCUCAAGAGUAAAGGGGCUCACACCACCAUGGCCGAUGCCUUGUGGCGCCUCCGCGACCUCAUGCUGCGAGACACCCUCAACAUCCGCCAGGCCUACAACAUAGAAAACGUCUAAGGGCAGGAAAGGCUGCUCUGAGCCCGGCUUAGCAGGAGUUUUGUGGAACAAGAGCCGUUUUAGUUACGGGGUUGGGGAAAGAAAACCGACGAUAAUUUGUAUUGCAUUUUACUGUACAUUGCAAGACCAUUUUUAUAUAAGGACACUUUUAAUAAGCAUAUUCCACUUUUUGUUAUAUUAAGUUGACUUUAUCAAAUACACGGAUUUUUGCAUAUGUUUCCUUUGUUUGAAAGGCGAUUUCAUAAUUGGUUGAGUGUAGUCRAGGAUUCAUCUUUCUUAUAUUUUAUUGCUGAGAAUCUGAUGCCAUCGUUUUUAUAAAAAAGCGGAAAAAAAAAAAAAGCAAACAAAAAGUAUUUGCAGAUUGGUACAAUGGAAUGUGAAAUUAGUCAUAGUUUACAUCGUAGAAGAAUGUGUGUACAUGUGUUUGUGUGUGCUAGCCACUUCCAGCAGAAAGCUCACUUGGAUGUGAGCAGGGAGGAGUUCUUGAAAUGAAGCUAAAGGUAAGGGGUGCGUUGAUCCUAGGGAAAAAAAAAUCAAAUUUAAAGUCAAUAGAAUGAACCACAGCGAUCAUGGAAGUGCUGGYGCGGAUGGGACAAGGGUGUCCCAAGUGCUAUCGUUGUCCAGUCCUGUCCAGGUAUUUAAUUGUGUAGCCAAGGCCRUUAUGAUCCUAAAUUAGUACCAAAUCCCACGUGCUUUGCAUGCCCUUGAGAGGUGAAAUGUUUUCUGUAGCCCGAGCUGCUCCGGRGGGGAAUGGGAAGCUGGUUCCCUGAGCAAUUGCAUGGACCUUUGCAGGAGCCCUGCGGAGCUUGGCAUCUGGUUAGGUCUUGGAAGGUAAGUUAGAGAAGGGAGGUCUGUGAAGUAAAGCAGUGGAUUUAAGUUCCCACAUAUUCUCUUAAUGGUUAGGUGUAGCUGGGUGUCCGUGUGUGCUUUCCUUAAGUGUUUUGAUUCGCCUUAAUGGAAGUUUUGCAGGGCAGAUGGAGAGAAGUUUGGUGCAGAAAUCUGUCUUUAACCAAGUGCUUGCUAUACGUGUAAAUUCAGCGUAUCUGGUAGGUUGGAGAAGAGAACUUGCAUUGAAGCCUUCAAAGUUCUUUGGUGGUGUGGGKUUUUUUUUKKUUUGUUUUCACUUGUUUUAAUUAGUGAGGUAUGUACAGAAUUUUCUUGCCAAAUUUUGAGUUUGUGAAUAUCUUCUGCUAAGGCCUUGCCGGUCCUCACAAGCAACCAACCUUUUGGACUGCAAAACUGUUUGUUUAAAGGUAAAUCCUUUCAUAGCACUUCAUUUUACAGAAAAGGAGGAAGUUUUUAUUAGUUCUUAAUUCAUUACAUAACUGAGAAAACAGURUCAAUUCGACCAAUUGAUGACAAGGACAUGGUUGCUGCAACACAGUCCAAGAGAAAACUGAUUUACCGACGUGCUUUCAUCUGACUGCUGGAAAUGUUCAUCACGUAGAACUAUAUUUUAAAAUGCACAAAGCAGCACAAAAGAAAUACAUUUGACAGGAGGUUAAAGAUUUUAUUCAAGUACUAGAUACCUUGGAUUCUGUUUCAGUGAUGUUAUUUAUACUACUGAGGGUGUAAACUGUUAUUUAAUAAUCCUGGUGAAUUCCUMUUCAUCUCCCACUCCAAACUUCUAGGCAUUGUGUGGAAAACCCUCUAACUACAAGCAGGCACUUAAGGACAGUAAGGUCAGACGUGCAAUGCAUGGGAAGGAGAUAAGAGACAUGCAGGGAAAUUAUGAUUUUGAACUCUCCUGCGGUACGGAAAUUCUUUACUGGCCUUGGUCAAGUACCAAAUUUAUUAAAUAAAGUAGAAAGGGAAUAGCCCUAGACCUUCCCCAUAUAUACAGCAUCCUCUUGGAGUGUAUCUGGAUCACCACAGACCUUGCAGUAUUUAGCUGCACAGACGGGAUAUGGAACAGAAUCGAGCAGCAAUCCCUAGUUUUGAGCCUUUGGGACCAUCAUGGAUUGUACUAAUACCACCAGAUUCUCUUAUUUCUCAACGUUAACAAAAAAAAAUAAUAAUUACACCAAAGAACCUGGGCUGGAUUUUAGUUAAGUUAUUGUUUUAUUUAUUUUCUUUGGAGGACUGGAAGCGCCCGUGGAAGGGAAACGCUUAAUUUAUCGGAAGGGCAGUGAUGGGCAGGCUUGCAGCACUGGCUCUCUCCCACCCCAGGAGCUGAGACCCGACUUGGGCCGCUCUGUCCAGCCCGGGAUCAAGCCGGGAAUUGUGGAAAAAUCCCGGCUCCUCCCGUAAGGCAGCACAGAGCCGCUGGGCUGGCCCUAAUCAGCUGUUUUUAGCGUCGUUUAUUUAUUUCCAAAUCAUGUCUCUGGAUAUGGGAGGCAUUUCAGUCGAUUGCAGUGAAAUUUAGGAUAUAAUGGCUACAGUCUAGAACUCAAAACCAGCAAAAGAAGCUUUUUUUUUUUUCUUUUUCUGACUCUGGUUUAAAAAAGAAGUGUCUGUCUAGCUGUCUUACCCGUUUCUUUCUCUUUCUGGAUAUUUGAAUCCCUCUCUUGUUUCCCGCCGCCGUUCAUUGUAUGGGAGCAAAUGAAACUUUCAUAUUAAAAUAAAAGUACGUAUGGGAAAUGGUUGGUUUCUGUGAGAGUGGGGAAAAUAGAUGAAUCUAGGACCGGGAUUUUCAUAACCCCCUCCUUGGAGCCCCCUUAUUCUUUGUUUCCCU